UUUGAAAAGGAAAUGUUGAUGGCUGCCAAGUGUCCCAGGGUCUGAGUUGAUCAUUAUUUAUUUACGUAGCCAAUCCUGUUCUCUUGGGGCACUCAGGGAUGCGGCUAGAUUCCUCAAUGGCUGAUUUGAGCAGCUGUUCCCCCGACCUGAGAGCCUAUCUGGAGAUUAAGACACAAGCUGUUCAGUUUACUUCUCUUCCCAGGGAAGACCUUGUAACGGUGCCAUGUGAGUGGGUGGUGCCGGGGGAGGGGGGAACAGCAAAGCACAGCUAUGAAAGGGUUGAGAUGACACAGCUGCUAAAACCACUCUCUGCCAAGCCGGGCUACCAGAACUCCGUCCCCAGGACUCACGUGGUGGAAGAAAACAACUGCUUGAUGCCCCCUUGUUGGGACUCCACCUUCAUCUAUUCCCAACUACUCCCCAAAGCCUAAAGCCAUGGCCUGGGGGUCAGGCUUCAACCCUGAACCGAGGACAAAGAGCUCAGUCUGUGACAAUGACCACCAGGCAGCCUGAGGCUUCUGGGGCUGCUGAAAGGCCUAUCCUGGUGCUGAGCAGGCGUCUUGGUGCUGAAUUGGGGAAAUCUGUUGUAUAUCAGGAGACCAAUGGAGAAACAAGAGUUGAAAUCAAAGAAUCUGUUCGUGGCCAAGAUAUUUUCAUUAUACAGACAAUACCCAGUUUUUACUGUUUUAGAGAUGUGAAUACGGCUGUGAUGGAGCUGCUGAUCAUGGCGUAUGCACUGAAGACCGCCUGCGCCAGGAAUAUCAUUGGCGUCAUCCCCUACUUCCCCUACAGCAAGCAAAGCAAGAUGCGCAAGAGGGGCUCCAUUGUGUGCAAGCUCCUGGCAUCCAUGCUGGCGAAAGCUGGUUUAACUCACAUUAUCACUAUGGACCUCCACCAAAAGGAAAUACAAGGCUUUUUCAGCUUUCCCGUGGACAACCUUAGAGCCUCACCUUUCCUGCUUCAGUAUAUCCAGGAAGAAAUUCCAAAUUACAGAAAUGCAGUCAUUGUAGCUAAGUCUCCUGAUGCUGCAAAAAGGGCUCAGUCCUAUGCUGAAAGGCUCCGCCUGGGGCUGGCUGUGAUCCACGGAGAAGCGCAGUGUACAGAGCUGGAUAUGGACGACGGUCGGCACUCCCCACCCAUGGUCAAGAACGCCACGGUGCACCCAGGCCUGGAGCUGCCCUUAAUGAUGGCCAAAGAGAAGCCACCAAUAACAGUGGUCGGAGACGUCGGGGGACGCAUUGCGAUUAUAGUGGAUGACAUCAUUGAUGACGUGGAGAGCUUUGUUGCUGCUGCAGAGAUCCUGAAAGAGAGAGGUGCUUACAAGAUCUAUGUCAUGGCCACGCACGGCAUCCUGUCUGCUGAAGCCCCCCGUCUGAUUGAGGAGUCCCCCAUUGAUGAGGUGGUGGUGACAAACACUGUCCCUCAUGAACUUCAGAAACUACAGUGUCCCAAGAUAAAGACUGUGGACAUCAGCCUGAUUCUUUCUGAGGCGAUUCGGAGAAUCCACAAUGGAGAGUCUAUGGCUUACCUCUUCCGGAACAUCACAGUGGAUGACUAGCUCAGAGCUGCCCUGACCUGCAGAGGCGGACAGACACAGCGGGGUGUCAGCCUGCAAAUGGGCUGCAGUCAGGGAGUCUCUACCAGGCUGCUGGCUCCCUUCUCUCCCCAUAUUCAGAGUGCAGUACCUAUCUGGAAUGUGUUCUGCUGAAUAAGCAGGCAUCCAGUUGUAGGCUGGUAACACCUUCCAGUAAGACAAGAAGCCUGACCGCCCAAGACUGGGUGCAUGGCACGGCCCUCCUGUCCCUGUCAUCAGCCUUGCUCUUAGUGCUGAGCAGACCCUGACGGUUUGUUCACUGGUGUCUGCUCUGGGAAGGCAGCUGAGCCGCCCUGGCACUGGUGUGUGCAGUUGUCCUCUCCCUGCACAAGGUCAACUGAAUCUGUCAGGGAGUCACUUUUCUUUCAGAAACUGCUGUGCCUGCUGCCAUUAAACAAGGAAGUGUCCCUGCCUGCUUUCACUGAGCUAGUCAGAUGAGAGAGUAGCACCCUGUCCCUCAGAACCGUGUCACUCGGAAGCUGCAAAUAAAAGUUCCUUGUCUCCCUUGGG